ACUCUUUUUUAUAAGUUGUCUUCCCCUAAGUCCAGCUAUAUGAUCUCUCUUCCUCUCUGCGUGAAAACAUGUCAUCAUUAAUGGUGGAGUGGUGGCUCGUGGAUUUGGGGUGAAAGGCCAAAGCAGCCAUAACCUGCGCAGACCGUGUGUUUAAGAUAAUGGAGGCGCCUAAUUCCUUUGUAUCGAAAGCGAGGACUGCCUUACAUUCCGCGGCUGCCAAAGCGGAGCGAGUUUUCUCUGACCUCAAGUCCGAUCGUGAUUUGGAUAGGCAAUCCCCCAAGAAUUUGAUCAAAGUAACAGAGGAUGAAUCUCCAAUUAGCGAGGGAGAGUCAAAGCAGUUGAAGUGGAGGCCAGCGCCCAUUAAGACGAAACAGGAUUGGCAGGAUAGGUUUCGAAACAUUAGAAUUGGAAGAAAAGGAGUCGAAGAUACUGAGAAACCUAAACAUUCAACCAUGGUUCCUUUCUACGAUGAGAAUUUGUAUAUGCUUAAUAUGAAAAAUGAUCUAGAAUUGAAGGCUGCCGAGACAAUUCCCUCAGCAGAAGGAUUAAGUGCUGCAAACCUUGGGCUUAUUCCUCCACUCUCUACUGUAAAACAAUUGGCUAUUGCUGUUGAGACGGGAAAGAAGUCCAAGUCAAUGAAAGAUUUCUUGGCUUCAUCUGGAGGUUUUUCACCUGUCAGAGAGAGAUCGGGUCUGAGUCUUUCAGCAGUGAAAUCUCUAGUACUUCGUGAAAAAGAGGACAAGCUUACAUUUGAGUUUGGUAACAAUGAGAAGGUGCUGUCUUUAAUUCGAUCACUGUUUGAUGGAGAUGCACUGUUUCUCAAACGGAAUAUUAGAUCUUGCUCAGAUGCAAUUACUAUGACAUCUUUUCCAAGAGAUAUUCAUGGUGCACCUCCUGAAAGCUUCAUUGUAAAGGUAGCUGAAGUUAUUGGGAGCUUCAGAACCCUGCGAAAGAUGGCAUUAUUUUGGUGCAGAGUUGUUGCUGAACUGAGAAGACUUUGGUCUGAGGAGCAAUGUAUACCUGGCAUCCCUCUGGAUGGUAUUCCAGAUCUAAAUUCUUGUCUUCUGUUCCAGCAGCUGCAAGUGAUUAAUUGCUGUGUUUCACGGAAAAGACGUCGAGAAAUUGCCUCUCAAUCAUUAGACUUUGUCCUUAAGGAAGGCAAUAUAAAUGAAGAAGAUUUAACUAUGUUCAAAUAUGUUCAUGCAAGUUCCAUAUUAUAUGCUAGAAUAAAUACUGGGGAACUUGUUCUCCGACUUGGUGCUGAUCACCCAAUGGGAGAUCUAACAAUGCUGGAAACUGGAGAACCUGUGUACUCUCCUAUAACCCAGGAAGGACCUUUGCUGACUGAAGAUCUUAUCAAAGAAACAGAGGAGUUUGUGCUUCGAACUGGAAGUGUUGGUGCUGGGUGUUCUCAACUUCUCUCUGACAUGCAGGCUUUCAAGGCCGCGAAUCCUGGUUGUAUUUUGGAAGAUUUUGUUAGGUGGCACUCUCCUCCUGAUUGGACAGAAGCUGAGCCAAUUAAUGAAGGCAAAGGCCCUUCUGAUGAUGGCGACAUAUUGUCUAUGAGAGGUCAAUUAAGUAGUCGAAUGCAGAAAGAAGGUAAUUUAUGGCGUGAGCUGUGGGAAACAUCAAAGCCAGUUCCAGCAGUUAAACAAACACCCUUGUUUGAUGAGGAUUUGGCAGUGGAAGGUAUUCUGGACAGUUUGGAGGAAAUUCCACCUUUAGAGCUUUUUGAGCAAUUGUUUAUAUCUUUGCUGGGUUUAGGCUUUGUUAUUGCGGAGACUUCUCUACCUACUAACAGUGAUUUGUCAAAGCUGUUUUAUGAAUGCAAAGACUACACAACUGCUGCUUGCCAAUCCUGCACUUUGAGUGAGAAAAUCGAUGAUCUUUGCCAGGUAUAUGAAACAGUGGAGAGAAUGUUACAAAAUCCUGAGGAAGUACUAAAGACAGUGAGGCUGGCAGAAGAUACUCCUAGUCCUGCUGGUGAAUAAAAACGACUGUUUAAGAGGCUAAAUCUUAACUUUGGUGGCAAAGAUAGGAACUUAAGGAAACCAGCUUCAAAAGAACACAAGAACUCCGACGAUAACCGGGCAAGCGGUCAACCCUUUUCAAGUUUCUUUGAUGGAAAGUCAUCGUUAUUUUCGAAAAGACCUCCUAAGCCUGGAAGCAUGUCCCCUGCUGAAAAGCUUACUACUUUAGAUGAAAAUGAUUGGACAGUGAUUUAGAGUUUAGAUACACCCGUUUUUUUUUGGUUCUUAAUUAGGUUAUAUCGUGAUUGGUUUUGCUGGCAAUUAAUUGUAAAUUAAUCAGGAAAAGAAGAAGGGCCAGCUGGGGUUUAUUACUUGCAAUAUGUGAAUGAAUUUAUUGCUUCGACUACAGAUGAAAUGAAAAGAAAAGUAGUUUUUUUUUUCU